AUCUGAUGAGUGAUGUCUUGAUAUGCCUUUCAUCAAUAGUCGAUAAAGGCGCAUUACAGAACAUGGCAUUAUCAAACUCAGCUAAAACUGAUUUUUUACUCCUUGACCUCUGCGAAAGGGCGCCACAUGCUGGAAAUUCAACUCCUGGCACAGUGAAGUACUUAUCCGUAUGUUUUUGUCCAUGGCACACAGAGGUCACCACCACCUAAGUACAUUGGUGUAAUCCUAACCUCCACGCGGUUGUAUUGAACUCGUAACAGUUGUUCAAUUGUAAACAAAAUAAACAAUCAGUCAAAGAGAUCUUAAUCCAUACCAAGUGACGUAAUGCUGAAAAAAACGGUCUUUUCAUGUCUCUCCCCGUAUCAUGCGUCACAAUUUCUAAUGAUAAAACGCGGAAAUGCAUUCUUUGAUUAUUUUCAAUCUCCAGCACCCCCUUUGCCCCCUUAUGCUCACGUGUGUCAGAUAGGCGACCCGGUAUUGCGGGAGAAGGCUGAACCCGUGGAACCGGAAAUCAUGGCAACGGCGGAUUUCAAAAAAUUUGUCGACCAUUUAAUCUUAACAAUGCGGAAGUACGAGGCGUACGGUCUUGCAGCUCCGCAAAUUGGUGUCUCUGCUCAAGUAUUCGUCAUCGAAACGACUGCAAAACAGGUAGAGGAGUGUAUAAAGAUGAAGAGUGCAGGUCAGCCCAUGGAAAUUGUUCCUUUGACAGUAUUUAUAAAUCCAAAGAUGAAAAUACUCGAUUAUCACACAAAUUCAUAUCCCGAGGCUUGUGCCAGUGUUUUUGGCUAUACUGCACAGGUGACUCGUGCAAAAAGUAUUCAAAUUGAGGCUUUUGAUGUUACGGGGAAAAAAAUCACGUGGAAGGCAGAGGGAUGGCCGGCAAAAGUUGCUCAACAUGAGAUGGAUCAUUUGCAAGGACAACUCUUCACAGACAAAAUGGAUCCGCAGACUUUAGCCUGUACUAUUUGGAGUAUUAUUAAUGUUAGAAGGGGCAAAGUUGCUGUUAAAUUCUUCCCGGAUUCAGGACGAUGGAGGCGCUUCAAGAGCUUAUUUCCUUGGAAUGAUUGAAUAUGUCUCAAAUGAGCUGAUGAAACGUAACAACUCUCAUUCGAAAUUAUUGCUAAUUGUGCAUUUAUUUGUGAAACAAUUGAAUUUCGUUACGUUUGACCACUUAACACUUUGACGAAUGUCAUUCGUUGUAUUUACAAAGAA